AUGAAUUUGCAACUUUGCAACAAAGCUCGGCUGUUGGAGCUGCACUGCUCGACAGGCCUCACAGACUGGGAUAUGGAAAAGGAGCUGAAGCUGGCGACGACCACUGAUCAGUUCUGUCAAGAUGACAAGGUAAAUGAUCAGUACCUUGUCCAAUGGCACUAUUCUAGAAUUACAAGAAGAAACGAUGAAGGGAACUGGCAUGAACAGAAAUCAGAUUCAUUUGUGCAACCAACCCUUUGGCUCUUGGUGAAUCCUAACCUUGCUUGCCCGAUCCAGUACACAGAAAACACAACGGGUCAAACUGUGUGUGAGCAAAAAGAUACCAGAACGUUUCCACCGGAGCCUGGAGACAAACUCACCACAGACCCUCUACCAGGGGGCGUCUGUGCUGCUUCUUCACAUGACGUAAUGUCACGCGCUGCUGUCGCAUCCACAGAGUCGAAGAUCAGAAGGGACUAUGCUUCUUCAGUGGAUUUCCCUGUCUGUCAACCAGUGAACAGCAGACGCAGAGUGAGAACCAUGAAGGCCAGGGAUGGUAAUCUGCUGAAGCCAGGAGGAUGGUCUCGUCCACCAGUCAACUACUGCAUUCUCAUCGCCAUGGCACUGAGCAGCAGCCCCAACAGGAGUCUCAAUGUUCAGCAGAUUUAUAAUUUCACAAGAGAGCACUUCCCCUUCUUUCAGACGGCUCCAGAUGGCUGGAAAAACACCAUCCGACAUAACCUGUGCUUCAGCAACAGUUUCCGUAAAACACCCCACCAGCUGUGUCGAGAUGGGAAGAGAAGGUCAUGUUUGUGGCACCUGACAAAUGAUGGCCGGCGGAGGCUAAGUGAUGAGAUCCACACACUGUCAAGCGAGUGUUUCAAGGAGCUAAAGAAAAGCAUGUCUCAUCCAGAACUAAUCCGGAGUUUGUUUGCAGUGUGACUGGAGCAGUUAAGUUGAUUAUGGUAACAUGAUGUACAUUUAAACAUACCAUGUAAAAGGC